AUACCAGCGACUGCUUAUAAAUGUGUCUCAGAAGCUCCCGAGAGCUUAAUGCGUUUAGCAGACCGGUUAAGAAGCGUUCGCAUGAACACCGCUGCAUUCCCAGCAGCCCGCCGCUGAUCAUACUGCUGAAGACACCCAGUCUGGGUGAUCAGUCCGUGCCGGGGAACACGUGUUGCUCGCAAAACAAAAGGAAGCGAGUUUAUCUUCAGACUGGGAGCACUGGAACCUCUGGGAACGCACCUUCUAGUCUAAUAAUCGUGACGCCAUCCGCUGAAUGUUUGUGUCAUUACAAUCUUUGAACAGCAGCAAGUUUACUCUGCCUUUUAAACAGCUGGAGGGCUUUUGCCCGAAACGACCUGAAAAUAAAUUAAUUUUGUUUAUAGUCACACACAGCGAGAUUUGAACCGUGAACCGAUGGUUACAAGCCCGUUUCUUUACUGGACCACACUAUACAGACCCAAGCACAGUCCUCUAAGUUAUCUGAAAAGUCUUCGAUGAGAAAGUUGCCGGGCAGUAUUGAGAUUUUGAAGAAUAUUAAGCGGACAGCGAAGUGUCUGACUUGGACCAGGCGACGGGGCUGGAGAGCGGGAUGGAGGUUGAGAAUGGAGAGCACGCUCCAGUCUACUGCAUCUGCCGUAAACCUGACAUCAACUGCUUCAUGAUUGGCUGUGAUAACUGCAACGAAUGGUUUCAUGGUUACUGCAUCAACGUCACAGAGAAGAUGGCCAAGUCUAUCAGGGAGUGGUACUGUGAGGAGUGUAGAGGUCAGAAUGCCCUGCUGGAGAUUAAGUACCGCCCGAAGAAAUCUCGUGAGAAAGAGACGGAGCAGGAGAGGAGUGAGAAGGAGGAGAGGAAGCAGAGGGAGACGCCAGAGUUCAAGAUGGACCGGAGACGAGGAUCCCGGAUUAAGCGUUCUGCUCGUAUGUGUGGGGAGUGUGACCCUUGCAAACGCACGGAGGACUGCGCUCAGUGUGACUUCUGCAAGGACAUGAAGAAAUUCGGGGGACCCAACAAGAUCCGACAGAAGUGCCGGUUCAGGCAGUGCGAGGUCCGGGCCAGAAAGAUGCUGCGAGUCCGUGAUGAGGAGUUCCUGUCCGGGAGGGAGCAGGACGACUCGAUGCACUCAAAGGACUGCAACCUGUCUGACGAGUACGAUGAGCAAGAGCUGGAGCUCUACCAGCAGUACAGGGCAGCAGGAUACGACGACCACAACAUGCCCUGGCUCAGCGAUGAAGACGAUGGUCCGUUCCUGGACCCUGUGCUGCGCAAGCGAGCGGUGAAGGUCAAACACGUCAAGAGACGCGAGAAGAAGUCAGAGAAGAAGAAGGAGGAGAGCAAGUACCGUCGUCACAAGCAGAAGCAGAAGCACAAGGAGAAGACACGGCACAGCGAGCGGGGGGAGUCGAAGGAGACGGGAGCACUGAAGCAGUGCCUAGGGCCGGGCUGCGUGGAGCUGGCACGCCCCAACUCCAAGUACUGCUCGGAGGACUGCGGCAUGAAGCUCGCUGCCAAUCGUAUCUACGAGAUCCUGCCCCAGCGGAUCCAGCAGUGGCAGCAGAGCCCGUGCGUGGCGGAGGAGCAGGGGAAGAAGCUGCUGGAGCGUAUCCGCCGGGAGCAGCAGCAGGCCAGGCUGCGUCUGCAGGACAUGGAGCGCCGCUUCCACGAGCUGGAGAGCGUGGUGGUGAAGGCCAAGCAGCAGCAUGUGCAGCAGGACGAGGAGGUGAACGAGGGCGAUAACGACGACACAGACCUGCAGAUCUUCUGCGUGUCCUGCAGUCACCCCAUCAACCCCAAGGUGGCGCUGCGGCACAUGGAGAGGUGCUACGCCAAGUACGAGAGCCAGACCUCUUUUGGAUCCAUGUACCCAACCAGGAUUGAGGGGGCCACCCGCCUGUUCUGUGAUGUCUACAACCCCCAGAGCAAGACUUACUGCAAGAGACUGCAGGUGCUGUGCCCAGAGCACUCCAGAGAUCCCAAGGUCCCUGCGGACGAGGUGUGCGGAUGCCCCCUGGUGAGAGAUGUCUUCGAGCCCACGGGAGAGUUCUGCCGGGUGGCGAAGCGCAAGUGUAACAAACACUACUGCUGGGAGAAACUGCGGAGAGCGGAGGUGGACCUGGAGCGGGUCAGAGUGUGGUACAAGCUGGACGAGCUGUUUGAGCAGGAGCGCAAUGUGAGGACCGCCAUGACCAACCGUGCUGGACUGCUGGCCUUGAUGCUGCACCAGACCAUCCAGCACGACCCGCUGACCACUGACCUCAGAACCAGCAAGGAGCGCUGAGACCAGGUGGCUGGGAGCUGUUGAUGAACUCUGGUCCCAUACCAAUCUCAGAUGUGUGAGGGGCGUCUUUUAACCAUAGGACACAAAUGAAAUCAGAUUUGUACAACAUCGUGACAUUGUGUGUGCUUUUUUUUUUUUUUUUUUUUUUUUUUUGUUUAGUGACCUCGCUUCCCGUGUUACUGGCUUCCGAAUGUAUAGAAUCUAUAUAGAAUUAACUCGCUCAGCUUCAUAGAGUCCAGUGAAAGCUGCUGAAUAAUGUUUCCUUGUUAACGUAUUGAAUUACACACUCAGUGUUUUGAAUGUGACGUUUCAGCUUGUGGAAGAGCAAAUAGGGUCACAUUUUUAUAGAAUUGUUUUGUGAGCUACUUUCUUU